AUGUGCGAAUACGAUGGCGCUGUGAUGCGUUGGCGCGACCUUCAGGAUGCGGCUGACUAUGGUGUGGAUCCUUGCUCUCCUCGUCCUCGCCUCCUGCGCGGAGAAGCUGGCCGCUGCCGGAGGGAUUUUGGCAACCGUGAGAGCUGCGUUGCCAAAAGAGGGGACCACUCCUGUGCGGUCCCAGUGGAGAAUCUCUUUGCUUUCUACAAAAUCACACUAACCGCAGAGAAUCAAAAAAUCCAAGCUAACUCCUCGGAAAAAUGCAUCCAUGGGAUGAGCGUCAUGAAACUGAAUGCACCGGAGGUGAGUGUUGCUGUUGCAAACAAGUCCCGAUGUUUCCAUCUGGAGUGGAGCCUGCCUGGUGACGAGGUGCUGUCUGCAACGGAGGCACAGUACGAAAUCCAGUUCCGUGACAUGGCAGAGGAGUCCUGGACGCAAGUAAAUGUGACCAUGCAGAAUGCAACGGCCCUUGCGGACAUCUGCGGUGUGUCCCCCUUCACCAACUACUCUGUUCGGGUGCGGGCAAAAUAUCUCCUCGGUGCUGCUUUCCAAAGCGAUGGGGGUCCUUUCUGGAGCGACUGGAGCUCUCCGCGAUUUGUGAGGACCCUGCCUGCGGUUCCAUCUACAGGGCCAGCACUCUGGAGGAAAUUAGGACUCCGUGAUGCUGAUGGGAACAGAGCUGUUGUCCUGAUGUGGAAGCCCUUGAAGCCAAAAGAGGCAAACGGAGAGAUCCUGGGGUACAGCCUCCAUUCGCAAAGAGAAGGGGAGCCCGCUAUCCCACGAUGCCUCACUCGAGAGCUGCAGUGCACACUCUUCCUCCCAGCCGGAGAGGAGUUUACAUUCCUCGCUGCGGCCAGCAAUGUGGUGGGCGUCUCCCCUCCAACCAAACUUGUGGUCCCCCCCUCGGAUGGCCAAGAAGCACCACCCUCCCAACUACCGGUCCUGGUAUGUCCAGCAGGGGACCAUAGCCUCCUUUUACAGUGGUCUCUUCCCAGCUUCCCAAAGAUGGGCUAUGUUUUUGAGUGGGGUCAGCUACCUGAGAAUCAGGGUGAUGACCUGCACUGGCAUUAUCAGCCAGGGAAUGUGGACCACGUGAUCAUUACAGAAGCAAUCGAGCCAGGAAAGCUCUAUGGCCUGAAGAUCUUUGCCCUCAUUGAUGGCAGCAUUUGGGUCUGGGGUUCUACCAGUGCUUAUUCCAAGCAGAUUGCUCCGUUUCGGGCACCGACUUUAUAUCCCGUCCGAAUCUGGAAGUCCCAAGUGGAGCUAAAGUGGGAUUCGCUCCCCUUGGCGGAACGAGGCGGAGUGAUCCGGAACUACACCAUUUGCUACAAGGAAGAAGGAAAGGAUGGGCAGACGGUCGUGCUGGACAGCGCUGUCCGUCGCUACCUCAUUGAGGGCCUGGCUCCUAGUUCCAUUGUAGCGGUCACCAUCACGGUCGCCAACGACGGGGGAAGCCUGAGUGGGCCUGUUCUCUCCAUCCGGACCAGGAACUCUGAUUACGGUGAAGCAGAAGUAUUGUUCUCAAUCUUUUGUGUGGGAUUCCUCCUUCUCCUUCUUGCUGGAUCCCUGGAAUUCUCUUCUCCUCGCGCUGAGAAAUGGAGGCAAGAUUUUCUCGGUCUGACCAUCAACAACCUCCUGAGAGUCCUCCCAUCCCAGCAGGAGGAGCCAGGAAAGAAAACGUUCUUGGGAAACCGGUGGCUGGUUGAGGUCCCCGGCACUUUGCAGAAGGUCAUCCCAGUUACCAGAAAUGGGGCCGUCUCUUUUGGGAGUGGAGGGCAGCCCAUGUCCACCGAGAACGAAAUGGACUACUCAACGGUAGUCGUGGUGCAGAAGAACUGUGGUCCCAGUGACCCACAGAGCAGCCCUUAUCGUUCACAGUCCCUUUCCAAGUACCAGGAUCUUGCAAUGUCUGAUACUGGAUUCACGUUUGGCCAAGGGGUCUGGCUGCAGAAUUUGGCCUACGAGGCCCCGUUAGAUGUUGGGUCAUGCAACAGAGCGUUUGAAUCCAGAGGCGAAUUUUCACUUCUGGUGAGUCUUGUGACAGUCAGAGGAGUCCUCCACCCUGCUGACAGCCCCCACGGGAGACGAGGAAAGAAAACCUAA